CGGUCGUGACGUACACCUCAUUCGGGGAUCUUUAAUCCGCUGCCGCAGCAACGGAGCCGGUAUCGAGAGGAGGGGGUAGCGCGCUCGGUCAGGGUAGGAUUGCGUAUAAUAAAGCCGAAUUUAACCUGCCAUUCAAUGAUUGUGUUCAUUGCGUAAAACGAAAACGAAAAUGUGGCUGUUUCAUCGCUAGCUAAACCCCUCCUCUCUAGCUAUUAAUUGGGCUGAGAUUCGUCUCCCGUAUUGUUCCCUCACUUGAGACUGCGAACCUACAACGGCAGUCCUUGGAUACGAUUUUAACCCGUAUUUUCACAUCAAUAAAUGGGUGAUUACGGGUGCGGCUUAUUACAGGCAGCGAACGUACAUAGCUCCUUCCCUGGUGAACGCGCAUUCAGAUCCUUCACUUCUCCGGUUUCUCGAGGCCACCGGAGCCCCUGCUCGCCCUUGGUUUCUGGCAGUAGCGUCGCCUUCUCGCCCGCUCGGGUCUCAGCCGCCGCGCUUUAGCAAACCAUGCACAAUGAGCUUGUGAGGGUGACAACAGCACAACGACACCCGUUGCCUGAGAACAACUGCGACAACCAAAAUAUCAACAAAACCGGAAAACAAGUUAACGACAGCCAAGCAGGAAAGCAACUGGGUUCCUUCGCGUUGGAAUACAACCUCCUGAACCAAAUCCAGGACCUGUCCGACUUCGGUGAAGACAUUUUCUGUACGACGCAGUUUAUCUGUGACCUUCAGCACGACCGGAAAACACAUCAGCAGUUAAUUCAGCACACUGAGUUUGGCAGCACAGCCUCGCCCCCACCCCGAGGACAAACCAGUCACCUGCCGCAGAAGCAGUCCUUCCCCGGUCUCCGCGUCGCUGACCGCUGCGCACACGCCGGUUCUGAUCGAAUCAACGGCGAUUCAGAGGAGGAGGCUGAAGCCGGCGAGGAGACCGCCGUGCCGCUGUCGCCCGCUAGCGCAAAUCCAAUCAAGGAUCAUCUCCAGAUGGACUCCGCCAUCACCCACCACAUCAAUAACGGCCAUGGCAGCAACACUGGCAAUAUGUUGUCCGGAGGUCUCGGAGCCGGUUUUCCGAAUCUCCAAACCCAAGAGAUGCAGAAUGCGGGCUCGGCCUCGCCCCCCCUCCUGGGAUUCGGGACCCCAUGGUCAGUUCAGACAAACUCCCCACCGCCUUCUGGUCCUAAUUCAGCCAAUCCCAUCCACACCAACGCGAUUAAACACAUGCCCAACUCCGAAUCUGACAACGGGUUCUACCCGGCCAUUCCCGCCUCAAUGAACCCAGCCUUCUUCCAGAGUUUCUCGCCAGUGUCCGGGAAUCCGUGCGCGGGGAUGAACGUGCAGGGCUUCAACAGUCCCUUCUCGCCUCAGAUCAACCUCCCCCAGCCGCCACAGAGCCGCCGCUCCCCCGUCAGCCCCCGCAGCCAGCACCAGGGCGCCUACCUGCAGCAGAGGAACAACUACAACCACCACCACCAGCCCGUGGCGAAGCAGGCUCCCUGGGGUCUCCACCAGGGCAGUGGCUGGUCCUCCGGGGGGGUGUCCUGGGGGCGGGACCAGCGUCGCGGGGGCGGCCUGGGCAUGCCCGGCUCCGUCAGCCAGGUGUCUCCCAUGAAGAAGCCGUUCUCCAGCACGGUGAUCGCCCCACCCAAGUACCCCCGCUCCCCAGGCAUGGGGCCCAAGUCCUGGGUGGAGGAGGCCAUGUACGCCACGGACAGCAACAGCAACUCGCUGCUGCCCCACCAGGAUCGUCCCAGAAUGUACGACAGUCUGAACAUGCACUCCCUGGAGAGCUCUCUGAUUGACAUCAUGCGGGCCGAGCAGGAUCCAAUGAAAGCCAGGGGCUAUGGAAGACGCAGAGGUCGCUCCUCCCUCUUUCCCAUUGAGGACAGUCUCCUUGACGACGGCCAUGGUAACCAGGGGGGGCUGGGGCCUCCUUGCUACCCCCACCAGAACGGAGAGCACCUAGAACGCUUCUCCCGCAAGGUGUUUGUGGGGGGGCUGCCCCCCGACAUAGACGAAGAUGAGAUCACGACCAGCUUCCGCCGUUUCGGUCACCUGGUGGUGGACUGGCCUCACAAGGCUGAGAGCAAGUCCUACUUUCCCCCUAAAGGCUACGCCUUCCUGCUGUUCCAGGAGGAGAGCUCUGUCCAGGCGCUGAUCGAGGCUUGUAUUGAGGAGGACGGCAAGCUGUACCUCUGUGUCUCCAGCCCCACUAUCAAGGAUAAACCUGUCCAGAUCCGGCCCUGGAACCUGGGCGACAGUGACUUUGUGAUGGACGGCUCCCAGCCUCUCGACCCCCGCAAGACCAUCUUCGUGGGGGGGGUGCCCCGGCCCCUCCGAGCAGUGGAGUUGGCCAUGAUUAUGGAUCGUCUGUACGGAGGUGUGUGUUACGCCGGCAUUGACACCGACCCAGAGCUCAAGUAUCCCAAGGGGGCGGGGCGUGUGGCCUUCUCCAAUCAGCAGAGCUACAUCGCUGCCAUCAGCGCCCGAUUUGUCCAGCUGCAACACGGAGACAUUGACAAGCGGGUGGAGGUGAAGCCCUACGUCCUUGACGACCAGCUGUGUGACGAGUGCCAGGGCGCCCGCUGCGGGGGCAAGUUCGCCCCGUUCUUCUGCGCCAACGUCACCUGUCUGCAGUACUACUGUGAUUUCUGCUGGGCCAACAUCCACUCGCGCGCCGGCCGCGAGUUCCACAAGCCACUGGUCAAGGAGGGCGCAGACCGCCCCCGACAGAUCCACUUCCGCUGGAACUGAGGUGGCGUGGGGGCGGGGCGUGGGGGGGUGGCAUCCAGGAAGUAAGGACAGACAGGCAGGAAGUGAUGCGCAGACAGACAGGUGUGUCACUGUGCCUGUCCUCCCCCUAAGCUAUCAGUAUAAAAGACAUAAAUACUAUACAGUAUGUCGAUAUAUAUACAGUCUGUAUCUUUUUUAGCAGCCAAACAGUACAAGCCUCAGUUUUUCACCAAAAUCCCGUUCCCAUCUCAGGCUCCAACAACACUUUUGUGGUACUUUCAUGUUUUGUAAGAGAGGACAUUUAAAAAAUAAUAAUAAUAAUAGAUUGCGUUUUUGUAGUUUUUCAAAUUAUUUUUAUAUAUUUAAGGUAGAUAUGAGAAUGUUGUUGCAUGGGGGGGCAGCCUGUCUCUGUCUGUCUGUGAGUCUUGCUGCUGCUAGCUGCUUUCUAGAAAGUGUAGCGCUUUCUGGGAAAUCUUUGAUUCUACAAUCUCACCCCAGGUCCUUACCAAAGGUAGCUAAACAUUAGGAAGCAUAAAAGUGAUACAUUUCGCUAAAACUCGAACUUGCUAUUGUUGUUUUCACUGUCUCCUGAUUUCAGAACAGGUUAACAACAGCUUAAGUUGACAUCUGCUGUAAUUAAUUAUAUCUAUAAUUCCUAAUGAUCUAUUAGCUAAUGGUUUAUUUCAGCGAGUCAGCUAUAUCUGUGCUCACGUUGACCCGUAAAAUCAUACCUCAAAAUACAAAUCUGGUUUGUACUAAGCUCUAUUGAAACAAGUUUUAUCACAAGCUAUAUUAGAAGCUUUGCUGCUAUGUUACUAAAUGAAUGGAAGUGUUAUAGUUGACCACACGUGCAGUCAGAGGGCAUAGGCCUCACACUUGUAGCCUGGCAGAGUUGAAUAGGAAAAUCAAGGUGCAUGUUUGUGUCAUCACACCUGCAUGAGGAAUAGUUUCCAACACACAGCAGAGAUGGGAGCAUAUACACCACUCACGUCCUACCAAUAAAUAUGAAGCCCAGGCAGAAUAGCAUGGUCAAUAUUUCCUGAAGCCAAGGUUGUACGAUAUUUAAACAGUUCAUCGACAGAUAGCGUGUAACUCAAAUACGUAAAAAAAAAAAAAAGGGUUGAAAAAAAUAUAUCUUGCAUGCGUUGAUGUUUCCAUGUGGUUUGAUCCGUUUACAUGAUACAAAACCCGAUACUGGUUGGUGUGUACAUUCGUGAAAGCCGCCAUUUUGGGACCCUGGUGAGAAUCAGGGUGUUCGGCUUAGUGUCUGUGUCUGUGUUGUUCAGUGCCGUCUGUGGCGUUGUCAGUGUGGAUUCAAGUGUUAGAUGAAUUCAAUCUAUAUGUAGCACAGAAAGACAACAUCGAAACAGUUUUGCCCUUAAUCCCUUCCCCCCUUUAAUAAUUACCAAGGUUACCGCACUGUACUGUAGCCUGUCAGACUAUAGCAGAUAUCCCAAGCAGCCACACCCUUGAGGGACCAGAGAGAGACCAGAUACCAGAGAGAGAGACCAGCAUGUGUGCGUGUGUGUCCUGGUCUGUGAUGUGGGUCUCUCCUGCUGUGUUCUGGGUGGGUGUCAGCUGGUGUCAGCUCUCCAACUGUCUACUGUUACUCUCCACGUAGGAAACGAGAUCUUAAUCGCCACUAAGCAGAUCUUUAUUUAUUCACGUACUUGAUGGUUUAAUUUAUUUGUGACAGUCACUGUCACCCCCUCCCAAUCUCUUGUCCGUCUCCCUCUCUCUCUCUCUUUCCCUCUCUCUCUCUCUAUCUCUCUCUCUCUCCCUCCCUUCCCUCUCUGUCACCAGUAUUUAUGAAGGAUAAUGCACUCGUUUUCCUAUCCCCCUUUCUCUACCGUCCACUGUAGGUCCUCUUAAUUCUGCAGAGUCUCUCUGUUUAUUAAGGACAUUAGCGUUAAUUUGACUGCUACCUACCUAUUUAAAAAUCUACCCACAUGAUUUAUAUACUUUAUAUAAGUUUAAGAAGUAGAACCGAGAGAUGUUGUGGUUCUAUGGUGUUCUAUGUUCCGCCAAUGAAGCAGUGAUGUGCUAUUUUCUAAUAUAUUAUGUGUUUUGGGAAGGGAGUGACAAAGUUGUUGAUGAAUGCUGAGUGCUGACGUCUCUGACCCCCGCCUACCCUGACCCCCCUCCUUAACCCCCCCCCCCCCCCCCUCUUCCCCCUCCCCCCCAGCAGAAGGCGUUACUCCAAGCUCUCCAUUGUCCUUCAACUCUGCACUUCCUGUUGUGUUGGUGAGGAUGGUGUCCUAUUUUCUGUGUCGAACACUGUUACUUUGUAUGUGCGUCUUUGUUUUUUGUAUGAAUCAUAUUUAUUUCAUUAUUUUUGUAGUCAGAUAACUAUUUGAUUUUGAUUGUAUUUUUCUAUUUUGAUUGGGUUGUUGUUCUGUUGUGUGUCCCCUUGUAUUUGAUUAACUUGGCGGGGUUCUGUUCAAAGAUACCAAUAACCGUGUUGUUAUAAUAUGAUAUAAUAUAUAAGUACACAUUUCGUUUGAAGGAAGAAAACAUCGUAGGUUGUAAUAUUCAUGGAAGACACUUGAGAUUCUCUGUAUGAAAGCCUUUGGUUGGCUCCACUCAAAGACACUCUGAAACUUGAAUAUAACACAUUUUGCAAGGCUGGAUUACCUCGAAUCUGUGUUGUGACGUGCAAUACUGUUUCUAAUGUUUGUAUAAAAAGUAUGAAUUACAGUGUAAACCUUUUUAAUGCAGAAUUAUUUUUUUCAUUGCAUAUUUUGCAAAUUUCUGAUCCAGUGUCAUUUUUUACUGUCAGAAAAGAAAACCCUUUUUUUUCAUUGCAACUAUUUUUAAAUCCAAAAUAUCUUUGUACUGAUGUAAAUGAUUGUAGUUAUUUUAGUGUUUUGCUAACAAAUGGACCGACUUUUCAUGCAUAUUUCUAUUUUAUUUUAUUCUGUUUUAUUUCGUUUUUUAUUUCACUAAAUAGGAGUUCUUUUAAUAAGUUUUCAUAUUAAGUAUCAUUGAUAUAAUUUGAUAUUCAGUAUUUUUAUGUGAAAAAAAGAAUAUAUAUAAUUUAAAGAUCGCUGAUGGCUAAGAUAUUAUUUUAUGUUUAAUCAUUUUUAACUCAAAAUCUUUGUAAUAUUAUUGUUAAAGUAACACAUUUCUAAAUCAGAGUCUGUGUAUAGAUUCACAAAAAAGUGGUUUAUGGGGUGUUUAUGGAUUGUAAUUACUGACUGGUUCUUUGAUAUGCAAAAUGAAUAUAAUGUCGAUUUUUAUUUUUGUUUCGUAUUUAAAUGGGAUGAUUGAUAACAAUCUUUUUGCUUUGAUUUCCUGAAUAAAGACCGUUCUGUUGGAACACGUGA